AUGAUCAAGAAGAUGACGGAGCAACAGCCGGAACGUAGAACUAGUACUGCUACUACUACUGCCAGUGCACGGCAGCGCCAGCAGCCGCAGUCACCGCAGCACUGCUGGGAUGCGAAGGAGCGGCAGAUGCGGCGAAGGAGCCAGCAGGUGGAGGAGUGUUAUCGCGCGCACACAUUACGAGAAUCCAGCUCUCACGCUGCGUCAGGAGAGCACCGCGCGGCUCGCGUGAUGAUAGUGUCGCAAGAAAAUGAGAACAAUGGCGCUGCUGACAGUCCUGACGGUGUUCUGUCUCCGUUAGUAGGCCGUUUGAGCGGCUCGUCUAGUACUCGAAGCGGCAACGGCGGGUCUCGCAGCGCCCCGCGGAGUGUCCCCGUGAUUGACGUUACCACUGCGGCUGCGACGGAUCGUGCUUCUUGCCGUUCCGCCGGCAAUGUCGCACGUGCGACUACGACGGCAACGGCGGUGCGUCGAGUUGCCAUGGUGGGCGAGAGAUCUGGCGAGAACGAAGAGACGGCUACGACACCGGCGGCGGCGGCGACUUCAGAUCUUCGUACUAGUAGUCGAAUGGCGGCGGAGCCACUCGAAGAAGCGCCUGAAUCUGCAUCGGGUUCCGCGGAGCGCGAGAUACUAACCGGCGAUGCUCGCUGUGCUGUUGGAAGAAUCCGGCGCACCGACUCGGAGCCGCGACGGCGACGGCAGGUCCGCGCUGGUUCUGGCGGCUUCGGCGAGCCGCCUCAGGAACGGCCCGGCCAUGGUGGGUACGCCGUCCGUCGCGGUGGUGACUCCGGCUGUGCUCGACGCGGCGACGGCGACGCUGCAGCCGCUAAUGCUUCCCCGGCCAAGUCCUCCCGCCGCGAGGGGCGCUCCCCCAGCGACGGCGGAAGGCAAGACACGCGGGACAAUACCACCACCACCACCACCACCACCACUAAGAGCACGCGGGACAGUACCUCUUGCGAUCAGCACGGGCAACAGCAGCUCCACCGGUUGUCAGGAUCGCCAGCACUGCUGGCAAGCGGGCCUGGCGCAGAUCUGGAUCUGGAUGAGCCACCCAAGAAGCGCCACCGUCCGUCCGAUGACUGCGCCGGCGAUCGCGGCGGCGAUCGCGGCGACGCUUCCGAUGGCGCCGUUAGAGAGCGCCAUCGUGGAGACUCACCCGCCGCCGCCGCCACCGUCGCUGCCGCAACUGCUGCUGCUGCUCCUUCUGCUCCUGUCGCUGCAGCAGGUGCCGCCAGCGCCGCCGCUUCCGGGGCCGCAGCAGUGCGGACAAUGCCGGCUGGGGCAUUCCCUACCGCUGCGUCUCCCUUCCCCUCCUCCUCCUUCGCCUCCCGCUGGCCCAUCCUCUCGUCGCCGUUCGUCGCCGCGCACUCGCCUGUGAAAUCCUCCCGUCUGCUCGCCACCACUGGUAAAAACGCCCGGUCCGCGCAGCAAGUGCAGCCCGUGGGCCGCGCUGCCACCGCCACCACUGUCAGUGGCGCCACUGCUGCUGAUGCCGCUACAGCCGUGGGUGAUAAUUCUACAGCCAACUUGAUUCCUGUCACGGCAGGAGCGUCGGCAGCAGGAGUGGCGGCAGGGGUGGGUGGAUUGGCGGCUGGAGGGGUGGGUGCAAGAGGGUUGCCGUUACCCGCUCCUGUGGUCCUCGGUGUGCCUGUGCCAACCUCGGUGAUACUAGCCAUGCCGCGAGGAGGAGUGACGACCACAGCGAAUCCAAUAACAGCUGAAGCACCGGCAGCUCUAGCAAACGCUGUUGCAACAGCAACCAACAUGCACCUUCCGUUCGCUGCACUGACCAAGAACCAGUCGCUCUGCUCCCCCUCGCCUGUGCUCUCCGCAGCACCUCUCACUGCUGCUGCGCCUGACGCCUUUGCCAGCCUGAGAGCCGACGUCUUCGCGGGCAUGGCGUGUGUGCCUGGCGCAGUGGCGCUGGGGGUUCCCUGCGCCCCGCUCCCUGCUGCGGUGCAAGCCUGUGCGGCCAAGGGCAUGGUGGGACACGCAGGGCUGUUGGGAUUGCACGGAAAGAACGCUGUUCUAGCUACCGGUUCUGGCCUCCCUGUGGCCAACGCGGCUGGCGCUGCUGCUGCUCUUGCAGCAGCGCCAGGCAUGAGCACGGGCAGCAACAGCCAGGGGUGGCUGCUGCCGCAAAUGCUCCCCCAGGUGCCGCCUCAGGUGUUACCGCAGCUGUUACUGCGCGGACGAACAGGUGCACUGCCAGCAAGAGUCGCCGGCGGCUCUGCUGGUGGCGUUGGUGGCGGUGGUGGUGCGGGUGGGGAGAAGUCUGACGCGGGGAGCUGCGGCGGGGGGAAUAGCAUGGUUCGGGUUCCUGCAUUGGCUCAUGUGCACACAGCGGCGAGAGGGGCUCGCGAGGGGGCUAUGAAAGGGGUCAAAGGGGUCAAUAAAGUGGUGGACAACCAGGAAGUCGAUGAACGGUACACGCAGGGGUUGAGCAUGGGAAGACUGGCGGAGGAAGAGGAAGAGGGUGGGGAGGAGGAGGGGGCGGAGGAGGAGGAGCAGGAGGAGGUGGAGGAGGAGGAGGAGGAGGAGGAGGAGGAGGAGGAGGAGGAGGAGGAGGAGGAGGAGGAGGAGGGAGAAAAUCUGCAGGAGGAAGAGGAGGUGGAUUCGGGGGGAAGCGGCGAAUUGAAAGAAGCAGCUUGCAGAGAAGAAGGCGGAGGAGGGAGAGUGGGGGCAAUAAGAGGAGCGCAAGCGGGAGCGAGAGUGGGGACGAAGGCCUUCAAGGCACGAGAGAGCCGUGCAGCACUGGCAGCAGCAGCAGCAGCAGCAGCAGCAGCGGAAGCAGCAGCAGCGGAAGAAGCAGCAGCGGAAGCAGCGGAAGCAGCGGCGGCAAAGCCAUCAUCAGGUGCUGUGCCCGCGCUGGACUGGAUGUUGCUGCAGAUGCGUUCACGCGUGGCGAUGCCUGUUGAGGCGCUGGAAGAGCAGGCGGAUGAGUGCUGCCCUUCCGUGCUGGGGCGAGCGGUGGCGAGGGAGAGGCAGCAGGAAGAGGAGAGGGGCGGGGAGAGGGAGAGGUGGGAGGAGCGGAGCGGGGAAAGAGAGGUGGGGAGGAAGGGGGGUUGGGAGUGGGAGGGGAGGACUGGGAGGGAGUGGGAUGGGAAGAGGAGGAGAGCGAGUGGGGUGGAGAUGGAGAGUGGAGGGGAUGGGUAUGCAGCGGAGGGGUAUGAAGGGGUGGGGACGGACUGCCACAGAAUUAAGAGCAGGAGGGCUUGUGGGGGCAAGGAAUAUGGAGAGGGAAGGGAAGGUUUGGAUAAUGAGGUGGCAAGAGGAGAGGGAGGGAGAGUCAAGGGAGAUGAGCAGAGAGCCGCUGAGAGCCGUGACCCGCCCAUCCACCCAGCACUGAUCAGACAGGCUUUGCUGCACAGCUGGACUGCUGCUGCCAACAACUCUCCUGCUGCUGCUGGCCUUAACGGCUGGAACAACAACUACAACCCUGGUGGUGAUGCGUUGGGAGGGGCGGGGAGAGCAGUCGAGGCAGCAGGGGCAAUGCCGGAACAAUGGCUGGGGAGAGCUGAGCCAAGGGGGGAGGGUACCGGAGGGGAGGGUUGGGGUGAGGAGGAGGAAUUAGAGGAAGCGAAGGGGGGUGUCAAGGAAAGGGAUGGGGCGGAGGAAAGGUGUGAGCGACGAGGAGGUGAUGAGGGAUGGGUAGCUUUGCCUGGACGCGUGCAAGGGCGAGCAGCGUUUUCCGCGGUCGCUGCAGCGGUGGGGCUUGAGUGGAGUGGUUCAGGGACUCGAGAGCUGUGGGAACGGCGAACGGCAGAGAAAUCCCCGGGAGGAGGGGCGAGGGGAGGUGUGGGUGGAUAG